AUGCUAGGACUACUGAAGAUGCUAUGGAACGAUUGGGGAAUCGAGAUACUAGUUUUGGCAAGCAGUGGGAAAGAAAUCAAAUACACUGAUCAGCAAAACGUCCCUAGGGAACUAGAGGCACUGCUGGCACCUUUGCUUUUAGUGCAACUUGGAAACCCAGAUACUAUUACUGCCUACUCAAUAGAAGAUAAUAGAUUGGGAUUAAGGCAAUUACUUAUCCUGAUCUUCCAAGUGGGCAUUGUAGUUUAUAUCCUCAUUAGGUACUGGACUACACUAAGCAACACAACCACGCUCUCAUUUGUAUACUUGCCGAUGUUUUUGGCCGGAAUAAUCAAGUAUGGAGAGCUAGCAUGGGCUCUCAAGUCAGCACUGAAGAACUUUGGUUUAACCAUAGAGGAAAUUGAUAAACAAGAAAAUGUUUCUCCUUUAUUCUUAGAGCUACCAAGGGACAUUCCCGGUCUAGAAUUAAUCUCAAAGGCUUAUUACCGCUUUGAUUGCUUGAAACCUCACCUUGAGAACUGGUUCUAUAAGCCCUUUCACGAAUGUCUUCCAUGGAUGUUGAUUGAUGCAUAUUUGGCGGAGGACAUGUUCAAAAUCAUAGAUGCUGAACUUGGCUUCAUGUAUGACGUUCUCUAUACAAAGGCACCUAUUAUUUAUACACGGAAAGGUUGCAUUUUGCGUAUUAUCAGUUUCUUCAGUAUAGUAUUUACUUUAUGUGGAUUCACAGUUCUAUUCAAGAAAUGUUUACAUCAUCGUAAUUGGGAAGUCGUAUAUACCUUUGUGGUGCUAAUUAUAACUAUCAUUCUAGAGGUUUAUCAGAUCAUACUACUACCUUUCUCGGAUUGGGCAAUAAUCCAGAUGAUUAAGCACCAUAAUAUGCCGAUUAUGCUGCAGUGUUUGCGAGUUCUUGGCUCAUGGUCAUGUAGGAGGAAGAAGUGGUCAAAUUCAUUGGGACAAUUCAAUUUGUUAAGUUUUUGUCUUCACGACAAGCAGUUAAAGUUUAGUAGAAUUAUCAAGUUUCGUGGCUUGGACAUAGAGUUCAGAAAGAGUUGCAAUAGGAAGCGAGUGGAGUUGCCCAUUGUAUUGAAAGAAGUGAUAGUACAGGAGUUGAAAGAGGUGGAUCAAGUGAGAGACCCAAAGGCCAUCACCCAAAGAGGUCAAUGGGCACUUGAAAGGCAUGGAUGCCUCAACCAGUUUAGAUGGAGUGUUAAAAGGAAUUUCGACAAGAGCAUUACCAUAUGGCACAUUGCAACAUACAUAUGUUAUGAUUCAGAUAUUAUUUUAUACGACACUAUAAACUCCCAUGUAGAAACAAGCAAAUUGCUGUCAAACUACAUGAUGUACCUUCUUGCCUUGCGACGGCACAUGUUAUGCACUACCGCAGCGGACGUAAUAUUUCAUCAUGCCUACACUAAAUUGAUGAAGUUCUUAAGAACUGGGCCAUCAAUAAUAAGAGAUGAACACAAAGCUUGUGGAAUUCUGGGAUCUGAUCAAGGACUUCUAGAGGAAUCAAACUCCGAUAGAAGUGAGGAAAGCAUCAUCACAUCUAAUUGGCAUGUGCUUCAAGACGCACAAAGACUUUCUAGAAGCCUGAUGGAGAAGGAGAACAUGUGGCACAUCAUAAGCAGUGUUUGGGUAGAGAUGUUGUGUUAUGCGGCAAGUAACUGCCCAAUGAAUUUUCAUGCAGAACAACUAAGGCGAGGUGGAGGGUUGAUUACUCAUGUUUGGCUUCUCUUAGCCCACAAGACAGAGAGGUUUUAUACGAGUGACUAA